CUGGCUAGUGGAUGCGGCUGCUCAGCCGCUAUGCUACUCGCCAACGUAACGGCUCAUAUUCUACUACGGCUGUCGACUGACCGUGACAAGCGCCAGUCAGCCCUGUUUGCCUGUUUUGCCUUGUAGUUUCCGGUACGCCGCCACCCAAAAGUUAAUAGCGCAUGCAGGCCAAGCAGAAGACAUCUGUGGAGGACCAACGAGGCAAUUGUUGCCCUGCAAAUUCUUGCAAUUAUAUGCACCGCUUCAUCGCUUCAUUUUGUGCUCUUGAACCGAACUAGCCGGAGACAAACUGCUCUUGCACAUACUAGUCUUUCAUGGACAACUCUUUGGCCUCUGAUCAUCCCCAUCUCCUGCCAAUGGCAAACCCCCCAUACUUCGAUAGGAAUAGCAUGAUGCACCACUCUCCAAAUAGUCAAAGUCCUCGAUAUCUCAACAGCUCCAAUGUGACUGGGCCUGACUCUCAAUGGAUCGUUUUUCAGCAAACCACUUCAUCGCCAAUGCUCCAAGGAUACAAUCAGUCGCUCUGCUCGUUUUCGGCUUCAUUGGAGCCCCCAAGUUCAUUGCAUCAGGCUGAAUCGCAGCCUUGUCCCCGCAUAACCCGAAAUCUAUCUACAUCCAGCGAUUACUCUCAGUUUCCGGUGAACAAUAGUAUGAGCAGAUCGACAUCCCAAUUCUCGUCCAUGUCUUCCGGCCAGCACGCAAAUAGCUACAACAUGACCCAAGCGUCACGUGAAUCCCUCGACGGUGCACUACCUUUGGACAUGACACGUUCGUACUCGAGCACUUCAGAUAACUCGGAGACUGCAAAUCAACCACCUUCAGUACAGUUAGCUUUGGUGUCAGCUGACUGGCAUACUGGUCGACCAUUCGCUUUCGCACCACAGGCUCCAAACCAACGCACUACAGCUGGCCCCUCGGCCCAAUACCAGUUUGGCUUGGACGAUAAUUUGGGUAUUGGAAACGGAAGCGGAGAUCAGUCUUUGGAUUGGAAAACACACACCACCGAGUAAGUAUGAUCCACAAUCCUCUUGCGUAAGAUUAUCAGCUACUGUCUAUCAAAUCUGCCAAACUACGAUCCGUAUAUUGAGAUUCACUUGGAUUCCGCACUUAUCCCGUUACCAAUGGAUGCGCUUGGCCGUACCGAGGAGUAUGA